AGAGAGAGAGAGGAGAGAGAGCGAGCUCUGAGUUUUACUGGCUGCUCCUCCCACUAGAUACAACCUCCCGCUGCCUCUGUCUGCAAAGCAACAUUCAAACACCACUUUGAGACUUGGUGUGUGUGAGAAGUGAAGAGAGAGCGCAGAGCUGAGCUGAGGGCCUCCCCCCCCCCCAAAAAAAAAAAAAAAAAAAAAGGGUUUUGAGCAAAAAACAGUCCGCUGGGGAGAUUCAUUUCUGUCGUCUGCCUUCUUUAUGUGGAUCUUACAAUCUGAGGAAGAACAAAAGCAAUAUUGAAAAAGUUAGCCAUGAGAAAUGCCUUGCAGUGGCUAUCUGGGGAAAUUGUGUAGCAAGUGACCAGGGCUCUGAGGCAGCCUCUUUUCCCCUCUUGCCUCCAAACUUUAACUGUAUUUAAUGGUCAAGUAUUUAUUUGGAUCCCCAGGCUAGUCCAGUUGCUUUUUUUUCUCCCCUGCCUGGGGAGCUCUGUGAAGCAGGAGAGAUGCAUGUGGUGUGGCUCAAGCCGGGACCCCCCAGCUUCCUGGUCCUGUGGACUCCCCUCUUCCUUCUGCUGCGCUUCAUCCUGGCCGACUUCACCCUGGAUAAUGAGGUGCACUCCAGCUUCAUCCACAGGAGGCUCCGCAGCCAAGAGCGCCGGGAGAUGCAACGAGAAAUCCUCUCCAUCCUGGGUUUGCCCCACCGGCCCAGGCCCCACCUCCAUGGCAAACAGAACUCAGCCCCCAUGUUCAUGCUGGAUCUCUACAAUGCCAUGUCAGUGGAAGAGGAGGUCGGCGGAGAGGAAGGCCAGGGCUUCUCUUACCCUUACAAACCCAUCUUCAGCACCCAGGGUCCUCCGCUAGCCAGUUUGCAGGACAGUAACUUUUUAACUGAUGCGGAUAUGGUCAUGAGCUUCGUCAAUCUGGUGGAGCAUGACAAAGAGUUUUUCCACCAGCGCUAUCAUCAUCGGGAAUUCAGGUUUGAUCUCUCCAGGAUCCCAGAGGGAGAAGCUGUGACUGCUGCUGAAUUUAGGAUAUACAAGGAUUACAUCCGAGAGCGCUUUGAUAAUGAAACUUUCCGAAUCAGUGUCUACCAGGUGCUUCAGGAGCAUACAGGGAGGGAUUCAGAUUUGUUUCUGCUUGACAGUCGAACUAUUUGGGCUACGGAAGAGGGUUGGCUGGUAUUUGACAUUACAGCCACGAGUAAUCACUGGGUGGUGAACCCACAGCACAACCUCGGCCUGCAGCUGUCAGUGGAGAGUCUAGAUGGACAAAGCAUCAAUCCCAAGCUGGCGGGUCUGGUUGGAAGACAUGGUCCUCAGAACAAGCAGCCAUUCAUGGUAGCAUUCUUUAAGGCUACAGAGGUACAUCUUCGUAGUAUCCGGUCUACAGGAAGCAAACAACGCAGCCAAAACAGAUCAAAGACACCUAAGAACCAGGAAGCUUUGAGGAUGUCCAAUAUUGCAGAAAACAGUAGCAGUGACCAGAGGCAAGCCUGCAAGAAGCAUGAACUCUAUGUCAGCUUCCGAGAUCUGGGCUGGCAGGACUGGAUAAUUGCUCCUGAAGGUUAUGCAGCCUAUUAUUGUGAAGGAGAGUGUGCUUUUCCCUUGAAUUCUUACAUGAAUGCUACAAACCAUGCUAUUGUUCAGACACUGGUACAUUUUAUAAACCCAGAGACCGUGCCGAAGCCUUGCUGUGCUCCAACCCAACUCAAUGCCAUCUCUGUUCUCUACUUUGACGAUAGCUCCAAUGUCAUUCUCAAAAAAUACAGGAACAUGGUCGUCCGAGCCUGUGGCUGUCAUUAGGCUGCCAUCAGUUUAGCCUCAGGUUUCAGAUCUUCUUGUGCUGCAGAAGGAACUCCGUUCUGGAUCAUUUGGCAAAGAGCUGGGGCCUUCCACAACACAUCUUUUUGAAAGAAGCCACAAUGCUGCCAUUUUCAAGGGUGUGUGUGUGUGUGUGUGUGUG